AUGAGCUCCGCCGCGCGCGACUGGUACCAGUACAUUCGCACUGCAGCGACCAAGGUCCACCGGGCCAACCCGAACGUGCUGGUCAUCCUCUCGGGCCUGACUUGGGCCUCAAUCUCGGCUUCCUGCGGAAGAGGCCCGUGGGCCUCCCUGGGGCCGCAAACCGGUCCAGAAUCCCACCGGUACUCGUUCAGAGGGGACCGGAAGAUCUGGGAGGUCCAGCCCGUGGACCGGGUCUGCACGACGCCGGGCAGAGGAUGGACGACCAAGUUGGGUUCCUCUCGAGCGGCCCCGGCGCGGCCCGCUGUUCCUAGGCCUGAAAAGACCUUCGGCGUGGUCGAUUUCAAUUGGGAUGGGCUCCGAAACCCAAAGUUUGGGGAGAGGUUUCAACAAGUGCAGACGACGAUUCAAGGGGUGGAGCCACUGCCGAGACGGCGGCCCGAUCAGGUUGAUGGGCACUCCUCUCUGCCUCAAGCCCUCGGCGAUGGGCUCCCGCCGGCGCUUUCCAACGACUGCUCGAGCCAGCGAAGCGCUUGGAGAUCAAUCUCCAACUCGAAGCUUCACGUAGCAGCCACGGAUGAACAUGGGAACCGCCUCUGCUGGGAGAAGAAGUCGAAUGAAUCUUCCUUGGUCUUGACCAGGAAGUGCAUCUGCGUUGAUGAUGAUUCUGGGUGCAUGGAGAAUCCACAGGGCCAGUGGUUCAAGUUCGUGCCCACGAAUACGUGA